GCAUUGGUAAGAAUCCGCGUGCAUAUAGAAACCAGAAAGAGGGUCUGCACGCUUGUGAUCCAUAUCAAGCUUAAAACUUUCUUUUUUGGGAGCUCUCCACCUUCCGUUAAGAAAAUCAAUGUCUUUUGGAGAUCAUCCAUGGAUAUAUCUAUUCGUGCUCCUCCAUCUUAUCCCUUCAAUCACUGGCUUUCGACCAUACAAUCCUCAAGACCUUAUUCUGCUUGAUUGUGGUGCAUCAUCUAGCACCAUAUCACUGGAUGGACGCAGUUGGGAUGGUGAUGACCAUUCCAAAUUUCAUGCUUCUAGCCCGGCAACAUCUUCUGCUUUUACUGCUUCCCAACAAAACCCAUCUGUAACCCAAGUCCCUUACAUGACAGCCCGUAUUUUUCAUUCGAAUUUCACCUACACCUUUCCCGUCUUGCCUGGCUUAAAGUUCGUUCGUCUCUACUUUUAUCCAGCUGCUUACUCCAAUCUUGACAUCUCCAAAUCCUUCUUUUCUCUUAUCGCCAACAAUUACACUCUCUUACAGAACUUCAGUGCCUCUCUCACCAUUUCUGCUGUGAAACCUUCUAUCGCCUAUUUCGUCAAAGAGUACAUCGUUCCCGUGCGGGAAAACCGAAUUAACCUAACAUUCUCUCCAUCUCCAAGUUCUUUUGCCUUCAUAAAUGGCAUUGAGAUAGUUUCCAUGCCAAAUGAUCUCUACGCCAAAAGCAACGAUAAGCCGCUUUUCUAUGUGGGUAUCGAUGACAAUCCUUUUUAUUGGGAUAACACCACUGCCCUUGAGAAAUUUUAUCGGUUGAACGUUGGAGGGCAAUAUAUCAGCGGCGUAAAUGAUACUGGAAUGUACAGGACUUGGCUUCAAGAUACAAAUUAUAUUUUUGCAGCUCUGUCUGCGUCAACAGUAGUUACACCUCCAGAUGAUAUCCAAAUAAAGUAUUCAGCGGAGACACCGGCGUACACUGCACCUGCAGAGGUAUAUAGUACUAUGCGUCUGAUGGGUCGGGACCAACGCGUUAACCAGAAUUACAAUCUCACAUGGUACUUUCCAGUUGAUGCUGGUUUCAACUAUCUUGUUAGGCUGCACUUUUGUCAGUUUCUGCGGGAGGUUACAAUCUCUAAUCAAGUGAUUUUCUCCAUAUUCAUCAACAAUCACACAGCUGAAGCUGUUGCAGAUGUAAUCUUGUGGGCAGGCGGUAACAGUAUUCCGGUGUACAAAGACUAUGUCGUGUGGAUCCCAGAUGAUGGCAGCCAAAGCAAGCAGUAUCUGUGGCUCGCUUUACACCCAUAUAUGGAACAAAAUCCCGAACAUGCUGAUGCAUUCUUGAACGGUUUAGAGAUUUUCAAGUUGAACAAUUCAGGCGGUAGUUUGGCAGGAUCCAAUCCUGAACCAGUGUCUGCAUCACCAGAACAGCAUCCAAUGCCGAAGAUAAUGAAACACAAAAGACCGUCACAGGUAAUGGUCGUUCUUGGUGUUGUCUUUGGCGGAAUAUUUGCAGUCUCUUCAAUUCUUUGCUUUGUGCACCAAAGAAAAAGGAAGUUGAGAGAAUGUGGUACUAGCAAGCACGAGUCUUCCUGGUUCUCACUCAGUUACGCUUCUAGCUCUGCCACAAAUACAAUUGCUUUAUCAUUGCCAACUGAUCUUUGUCGUAAAUUUACGAUUGCUGAGAUCAGAGCAUCUACAAGAAAUUUUGACAAUGAAAAUGCUAUUGGUUACGGUGGAUUUGGUACAGUGUACAAAGGAUACAUUGAAACUGGUUCCAUUCCAGUUGCAAUCAAACGGCUAGAUUCAUCAUCAAGACAGGGGAUACUAGAGUUCCAGGCAGAGAUUGAGAUGUUGUCCAGGCUUCGCCACGUUCAUCUCGUCUCUUUGAUUGGAUUCUGCGAUGAUCAAGGUGAUAUGAUCCUCGUAUACGAGUUCAUGGAAAAUGGGAACCUUCGAGAUCAUCUCUACAAAACCAAGAAUCCUCCACUCCAGUGGAAGCAAAGACUACAAAUAUGCAUUGGUGCUGCACGAGGGUUGCAUUAUCUUCACACAGGUGGAAAGCACAUCAUCAUCCACCGUGAUGUCAAAUCAUCAAACAUCCUAUUGGAUGGUAAUUGGAAGGCUAAAGUUUCGGAUUUUGGAAUGUCGAGGACAGGUCCCACUAGUGAAUCUCAAACUCACGUCAGCACAAUUGUUAAAGGUACCUUUGGGUAUCUUGAUCCAGAAUACUAUCGCAGGCAACAGCUCACAGAGAAAUCUGAUGUGUACUCUUUUGGGGUGGUGUUGUUGGAAGUCCUAUGCGCCAGGGCACCGAUCAUCUCAUCCCUGCCUAAAGAACAGGUGAACUUGGUUCAGUGGGCACGAGAUUGUUAUUUAGCAGGUACCCUUGAUCAGAUAAUUGACCCACAGUUGAAGAGUGAUGUUGCACCUGCCUCUUUGAACAAGUUUGGGGAGAUAGCUGAGAGUUGCGUGCGUGAUAAAGCGAUUGAGCGGCCAACAAUGGGGGACGUGGUUUGGAGCCUUGAAUUUGCGUUGCAGCUCCAAGAAACUGCGGAGAAAAAUGUUCAUUCCGGGAAUAUCCUCAGUGAUAGCCAGAAAAGCUCAUUUGUGGAAGAGGUGAUCACCAAAGAUGAUGAUGACGAGGCAUUUACAUCUUCAAGUGCACAAAUAUCAGUUUUAAGUAGCACCGUUGAUACCGGAGAAAGGAGCUCUACAAACUACCGGUGGAUUUAGAUCAAGGACUGUGUUUUCCGAAUUAAUUAAUCCUCAUGGACGGUGAUAUAAAUUAUAUUUGUAUUUGCUUUUUUUUUUUUUUUUUUUUAAAUUUUUCCAUUACAAAAUGUAAGAUUGUUUAGUCUGUUUUUCCAAACCUUUUAUCUAAUAUUUUAGGUUAUAAUGCUAUUUCAAAUUUUUCUAUUUAACAUUAUGCAUUUUAGGUUGGGUUUA